AUGCUCAAAACCAAAGCUCGUUUCACCCAAUGGUGUCAUCAACCUCUUCUUCGUAUUCUGAGCCCAUCAUGGACCAAAAAUCUUCAUUUUAAUAGAAACUAUUCCACUAAAUCUUGCAAUUUUUCAACGAGCACAGCAAACUCUACAAGAGAAGAUCCAUACCUAUUCUUUUUGAAUUUUGAUAAAAACGGAAAGCAGCUUCCGAAAGAUGAAUAUUUGAAACAAAUGAAACACAUGAACAAUCCUUUUCAACAAUAUGAAGGCAUUCCUACAUUUUUCCUUCAUGGAUUGCUCGGAAGCGGACAGAAUUACGUUUCCAUCAUGAACAAGUAUAGUGAUGUUUUGGCCACGAACGGAAGUUGUUUGUUGUUGGACUCACGUAAUCAUGGAAGAAGCUCUCAUACCACUACGAUGAGUUAUGAUGAUUUAUCGGACGAUAUUAUUACCGUGAUGGAUGAAUUGAAGCUUGAAAAAGUGAAUAUCGUUGCGCAUUCAAUGUCUGGCAAGGCAUUAAUGAAUUUACUUUUAAGAGAAAGCCUCAAUAGUAUUUCAUCACCAUUAUUGCAACGGAUCAAUAAGGCCAUUGUUGUGGAUGUCUCUCCUGUCGAUUACACUAAGGACGAUCGAUGGGUGAUUAAGCAAUAUAUUGAUGCCAUGAGAGGAAUUAAUUUGAAAACUUUAAAAACAAGAACGGAGGCAGAAGCUAUAUUAGCUAAAGUAGGAGGAAUUAGUCGUGAUGCCAGGCUCUUCUUAUUAACGAAUCUUGUUAGGCUCAAAGAAGACAAUAAUAACGACACAGCUGGGUGGGCAUGGAGAUGCAAUUUGGAUGUCAUUGAAGCGUACCUUCCGCAGAUUGGCUCGUUUCCUUUCAAAACUAGAGAGGACGCCCUUGGAAUGUAUCAAGUUCCUGUUCAAUACCUUGGAGAUAACAUCUUGUUCUUGAGAGGAGCUAAAUCAAUGUAUGUCACUGACCAUUACGAAAUAAUUUCCAAAACCUUCUUCCCGAAUGCUACCUUCAACACUGUCAAGAAUGCCUCACAUUGGAUCCAUAUUGACAAUCCACAUGAAUUUACCACCUUGAUUUCUGAAUUCGUAAAUACCUGA